AAAUAUGCUUAUCAAUAUAUUUUUCUUCAUAAGAUAUACAAAAUCUUCAAAUCAUCUCCCAAAUUAGCGGCUUGAACUCAAACAGUGGAGAAACUAUAUGAAACUAUAGCAAAAAAUGAUCAAAACGGGAUUAGUGUGGUUUGGUUAUAUUAAUGAUUGAAUUAUAUAUAUUUUAUUGAGUUGGGAUUUUCCUUUUUUUGUUCUUUUGGAUUUUGAAAGUCAAGAUUCAACAUUUUGAUCUCAUUUCCUGCUUAUAUUCCGAGAUUUGUUUUCCAUAGUUUGUUUGAUUUUAGUGAUUGAAUCGGGAUUUUUGAGUUGGAAAUUUAUUCAGAUCUGAGAAUUAGGAAGGCUCAGUGAUUUGGAUAAGUGUCAAUUGUCAGUAUGAAACUUAAGUUUGAGCGUUUGCUGUAGCUAUUCAUGAUCUUGGUGCUUUGCUUAAUUAGAGUACAAUAUGUAUUGAGUGAAGCUCUGAUUUGGCUAAGUGUUUCUUUGUGUUGGGUUCUCUUGAAUGUAAUAUGGUUUUAUUGCACCUGUCUUUCUGUCCUUUUCUUGGAAUUCUUGGAAUGCAGUCAGUAGAUAUUUAAGUAUAGUCUAAAUUAACUGAUUCUAAAUGUACUGUUGUGGUUUCUGUUUUGGUGUUUUCUUGUUGUUCUGUUUGGUCUCCUGGUCUUUUAAUUUUAGCAAUGAAACUCUUGCUUUGAAUUGAUUAUAUUCCUAUAUCAAACCUUGGCCUUGAACUUUUUGAACUGUUUUUAAUGGUAUAAUUUUGAAUUUUUUAUACAUGCAAUGGAAAUUUAAUGUUCUUUUUCUUUUUCUGCCAUCUCGUGACACAGAGCAAUGGCGUCCCACAUUGUUGGUUAUCCUCGCAUGGGCCCCAAGAGAGAGCUCAAAUUUGCUUUGGAAUCUUUCUGGGAUGGCAAGAGCAGUGCUGAGGAAUUACAGAAGGUGGCAACAGAUCUCAGGUCAUCUAUCUGGAAGCAGAUGGCUGAUGCUGGAAUCAAGUUUAUUCCUAGCAACACCUUUUCAUAUUAUGAUCAAGUGUUGGACACCACAGCAAUGCUAGGUGCUGUUCCUCCCAGAUACGGUUGGAAUGGUGGUGAGAUUGGGUUUGAUAUCUACUUUUCCAUGGCUAGAGGAAAUGCCUCUGUCCCUGCUAUGGAAAUGACCAAGUGGUUUGACACCAACUACCACUACAUUGUCCCUGAAUUGGGACCAGAUGUUAAGUUCUCUUAUGCAUCUUACAACGCUGUUGAUGAGUACAAGGAUGCCAAAGCUCUUGGAAUUGAGACUGUGCCCGUCAUUGUGGGUCCUGUUUCCUAUUUGCUGCUUUCCAAACCAGCAAAGGGUGUGGAGAUAUCCUUUUCUCUUCUUUCCCUGAUUGACAAAAUUCUUCCUGUCUACAAGGAAGUUGUGGCUGAAUUGAAGGAAGCUGGUGCAGGCUGGAUUCAGUUUGAUGAGCCCAAGCUAGUGAUGGAUCUUGAUGCUCACGAAUUACAAGCAUUUACUCAUGCAUACUCAGAGCUGGAAGCAACUUUAUCUGGUGUAAAUGUUUUGAUUGAGACAUACUUUGCUGAUGUUCCAGUUGAGGCUUACAAAACCCUCACAGCUUUGAAGGGUGUUAGUGGAUUUGGAUUUGAUCUAAUUCGUGGGACUAAGACCCUUGAUCUGAUUAAGGGUGGAUUCCCUUCGGGCAAAUUCCUAUUUGCUGGAGUAGUUGAUGGAAGGAACAUCUGGGCUAAUGAUCUUGCUGCUUCCCUUGACACACUGCAUGCUCUUAAGGCCAUGGUGGGCAAAGGUAUUGACUCUCUAGUGCAACAUUUUAUUAUUGUAAUGAAAUUAAAUAAUGAUAGACGUUAUGUUGUGUUGCAGACAAGGUUGUGGUCUCUACUUCCUGUUCUCUUCUACACACUGCAGUUGACCUAG